AUGGCAUCCACACAAAUGAAGGCUAUCGUCAAAUCUGUCUUGUCUGGUGAUACUCUCAUUCUGAGAGGACGUCCAAUUAAUGGACAGCCGCCCAAAGAGCGUACUCUACAUUUGGCUGGGCUUACUGCGCCACGUACCGGCUCACGAGACCGCCCUGAUGAGCCUUGGGCAUUUGAAAGCCGAGAAUUUAUCAGAUCGAUGAUUGUUGGCAAAGAAAUCGGAUUCACAAUUUCUUAUACCAUACCCUCGGGCGGCGAAUUCGGCGUGGCUCAUUUACUGUCUGGAUCGAAUCCAUCUGUUGACGUGGCGCUGGAGAUUGUAAAAAAUGGCUGGGCUAAGCUCAGAGAGAAUACGAAACCCGGAAAUGCUGAUGAUGAAACUGGCGGCGCAAGUCCCGAGCAAGAUCGCAGAAUUCAAUUAAAGGAAGCCGAAGAAACUGCUCGACGUGAGGGUAGAGGUUUGUGGGCAGAAGAUAUCCCAAAUCUCGAAAUUAACUACUCGAUGCCUGAAGACCCAGCAGCCUUCUUGUCGGAGUACAAGGGAAAAAGUCUCGAUGCUAUUAUUGAAAAUGUUUCGAAUGGCACAACUGUCCGUGCAAGAUUACUGUUGAGCUCUAAUCAACAUCAGUUUGUUACGCUCACCAUGGCUGGUGUUCGCUCGCCUCGGUCCCGACAAUACGCCACUCAAACCCAGGCUGAUAGUUCAACUGCGACAAAUGAGGGCGAACCAUUUGGCGACGAAGCAAAAUUCUUUACCGAAUGUCGGUUGCUUCAGCGUAGCGUGUCUGUUGUCUUGAUAUCUUUACCCACGCCCCAAGCCACCAGUUUGACCUCUCAAGUUCAGGCACAGCAGUCGCUAGUCGUCAGUAGCUUUAUUGGAAUUGCUCAACACCCGGCUGGUUCGAUCGCAGCUCUUUUAUUGGCCAACGGUCUUGCCCGUGUCGUGGAUUGGCAUGCAGGAUUCCUCUCAUCUGUUCCCGAGCAUCAAGGUGGUGGGAUGGAACGUUUAAGAAAAGCUGAAGCUGAAGGGAAGGCAGCCCGACGAGGCCAUUGGAAAUUGCUUGCAGGCCCCGCGAGCGAUCCAUCAGCAGCCACUGUCUCUCCUGGUGCCGGUGCACCCAGCAAAAUGAAAUUUGAUGGAAUUGUCUCUAGGAUUUGGACUGGAGAUACCGUUAGUAUUCGAGUGACUUCGGCGGCCAAAACAGACGGGCAAGAAGAACGAAAAGUGCAAUUGAGUAGCAUAAGGCAGCCGCGGCCUACCGAUCCCAAGUUUGGUGGACUUGCGUCGGAUGCCCGAGAACUUCUAAGACGCCGUUUAAUUGGCAAACAGGUCCAAGUAUCGGUAGAUUAUGUCAGGCCCAAGGAAGGCGACUAUGAGGCCAAAGAAUGUGUGACGAUCAAGUUACCCGCAGGCAUCAAUGUGGCCAAUUUACUCCUAGAGCGAGGAUACGCCACAGUGUUGAGGCAUAAACAAGGUGAAGAUCGAUCUCAAGAUUACGACACGCUUAUGGCUACUGAAAUGAAGGCUCAAACAGAGGGCAAAGGCUUGCACUCAGACAAAGAAUUCCCGCCUCCGAAAGUUACCGAUGUCUCUGAAAGCUCUAGCCGUGCUAAUUCGUACUUGUCAGGGUGGAAGCGGCAAGGCAAAAUGGCCGCAAUUGUUGAUUACGUCGCUAGCGGAUCAAGAUUCAAGAUUUGGCUCCCAAAACAGGAUUUGAAGUUCACACUAGUUCUGAGUGGUAUCAAAUGUCCCAAGACAGCUCGCCACCCCGGGGAGAGAAAUGAGCCUUUUGGUCUCGAAGCGCUGGAUUAUUCAAACCGGCAUGCAAUGCAACGGGAGGUCGAAGUAGAAAUCGAAUCUACGGAUAAAAGUGGAGGUUUUAUCGGGGGACUAUUCUUGAAUAAGACGGAUAACCUGGCUCUUCUGCUCGUCAAGGAGGGCCUGGCGAGCUGUAAUGAAUUUUCUCUUGAACGCUCCCCAUACGGCAAAGAGCUGAAGGCUGCUGAGGACGAAGCCAAACAAAAGCAAAAGAAUCUGUGGAAAAAUUUCGAUCAGCAACCUACGGAGUCUAUGGCUCAAAUUUCAAGCGGGAUUAAGAACAUGGCUAUCAAGCCAAAUUUCGAAUAUAUCGACUUAAUAAUAUCUGAUAUCCGGGAGCCAGUAGACAGCUCGGACGUGUCUUUCUCCGUACAGAUCCUGAAGAAUGGAGGCAUCCCUGAGUUAACAUCUCUCAUGACAGAUUUUGCGGUCUAUCAUCGCUCGGCCCACAUUUCCUCUACUUCAGCCAGUGGCUACAAAACCGGUGAUCUGGUAUCUGCGAAAUUUUCCGUCGACAAUGCAUGGUAUCGAGCAAAGAUUAGGAAGAACUUUGCUCAUAAGAAAGAAGCCGAGGUGGUCUUCAUCGACUACGGUAAUUCGGAAGUCGUACCACAUGGAAAUAUCAGAUCAUUAGACCCACGUUUCAAGUCGCUCCCGCCCCAAGCAAAAGAGGCGACUCUUAGUUUUGUCAAUUUACUAGGUCCUGAUACGGAGUAUGGUCAAGAAGCAAUGGACCACUUUAGAUCACUUGUCGAGGGUCAAACAUUGGUGGCAAACAUUGACUACCGCGAUCCAAGUCAAAAUGGUCGACUCCAUCUUUCUUUGUACGAUACAGCCAACUCGCCAACAGCUACAUCCUCCCUGAAUCACCGACUUGUGCGCGAAGGCUAUGCCUUAAUUAACCUGAAGGCCCCAUACAGGCCGGCCUACCAGGAGCAGUACACCGCAUUAGAAAACGCGAAGCAAGAAGCUAAACGUAAAAGGGCAGGUGCUUAUGAGUUUGGUGAUGCGUUUGAUGAUUAA